UUGCACGCGCAGGAGUCGGGAAGGGGCUUCCCAGACCCCAGUUCCGGAGGUCGCCCCCUGAAUCAGGCUCGCCGGGAGGUCUCGCUCCCUCGUGCCCCUUUCCCUGGUCAAGGAAGCGAUCCCUUUUGGGUUCCUACACCCUGGGAUGCCUGAAUUCUGAGAGCAACCCAGCACCUUUCUUGGAGGUGGGGGGCGGGAGGGCCUCUGAGCGUGGUUCUUUCCUCCCAGCUGCGGAGCCUGGGCUGCAUGAUGGCUUCAGAGGUGGAACCGAGUGACCUAGCCAAGGUGGUCCAGGUGCUGAUCCUGUCCGCGGCCUGGGGCAUGCAAGUCUGGGUUACCUUCAUCUCAGGAUUUGUCUUGUUCCGGAGGCUGCCUCGACACACUUUUGGAUUGGUCCAGAGCAAACUUUUCCCCUUCUACUUCCAUAUCUCUCUGGGCUGUGCCACCAUCAGCUUGGGCAUUUUCCUGUUCCAUCAUCCGUUGGUGAAGCUCAGCUUUACGUUAGCAGAAGCUGGUCAGCUGGUUCUCCUGGCUCUGAACUUGGCUCUGUCAGCCCUGAAUGCUCGGUGGAUAGAGCCCAGAACUACAGCUGCCAUGUGGGCCCUGCAAGCAAUGGAGAAAGAUCGAGGUCUGGGUGGAGAACCCCCAGGACCUCCCCAGGGUCAGGGCCAAGAUCCCUACCAUCGGCUUCGGGAGCAGGAUCCCAAGUAUCGAGCCCUUCGACAGACAUUCUUCCACUAUCAUGGUCUCUCUUCCCUUUGCAACUUGGCAAACCUGCUUGGCAAUGGCAUCUGCCUUGCCAGCCUAGCAUUGCACCUCAAAAGCCUGUAAAAAGCAGAACCUCUUUUUAUUACUCAGAGGAGGGGUUCUAGCUCUAUCCCUGGACCCAAAUCCAGCACACAUAGGCCAGACUCAUUUGGACUAUGCCCAGCUGACCCUGUGGGUCAAACAGCUGAGAGAGAGGAGAGCCUGCCUCCUUCCUUAUCAAACUCUGUCCUUCCGUGGUUAUGGAGUCUAACUCCUGUCAUGCUGCUACUCCGCCGUUUCUGAUACAAGACACUCUUUAGAGCUCUUCCUCUUUCCCCUGGCUAUUCCAGCUAUUGGAUGUGGUCCUAGCCACCUGGGCGACUUUCUGAGACUGCCAUUCUGUAUCAUAUAUUUGCUAUUAAAAAAAAAAAAAAAAGGUUUCUCAUAGCCA